CGUGGGGAAGGAGUUGAGUAAGCAUAAGAAGAAGAAGAUGAGGUCGAGGGCGCAGGCUGUUGGCGAGGUCGAGAUUGAUGAAAGAGAUCGUAAAGAUUACUUCUCACCGUCGACGGACUUGUUUGAAGAUUACUGCGGGAGCAUUGUAUCGCGGUAUGGACUGGACGCGCCGGGAAUGAUCAGGCAGUGCGAAGUCAAUGAUAUAUCGUACGACUAUCGCUCUGAGUUAUCGCCGUCGGACAAGAUCUUCACUGUUACUACGGCGGAGGGAAGUCGGUUCUAUAGUCGUGUGGUGGUGCUGGCUAUUGGGCCGGGGAGGACGAAGAUACUGCCGUUCAAGCUGACGGGUGAGGAAGAGAAAGGGGCUUGUCAUAGCACGGAGAUUCGCAUGUUUCCGAGUAUCAAUGUGAAGGCCAAGAUUAAGCAGCGUCAGGAGACGAAUGUGGUGGUUGUUGGGGGUGGGCUAUCGUCAGCGCAGGUGGUGGAUAUGGCCAUUCGGCGAGGGGUGACCAAGGUUUGGUUUCUUUUGAGGUCGGAUUUUAAAGUCAAGCACUUCGACCUCGCAUUGAACUGGAUGGGCAAGUUCAAGAACUUCGAAAAGGCAGCAUUCUGGUCCGCAGACACGGACGAGGAACGCCUUGAGAUGAUCAAAGCCGCGCGUAAUGGCGGCAGUAUCACGCCACGGUAUCAGAAGAUUCUGAAGCAACAUGUGGCAGCCCAUCGGCUUUCUAUACACCCACGCACCGUCAUCUGCGGCAAGGAGUACUGCGCCUCCUCGCGCACAUGGCGUCUUACGACAGAUCCUCCGAUCCCUGACCUUCCUCGCAUCGAUUAUAUAUAUUUUGCAACAGGCAUGCAAGCCGAUGUGAAUGAGCUCCCAUUGCUCCAACGCAUGAACCGUGAGUAUCCGAUUGAAACUAAGCAGGGAUUGCCUUGCAUCACGGAUGACCUGAUGUGGCAAUCAAAUGUGCCACUUUUCUUGACGGGCCGGCUGGGGUCUCUUCGUUUGGGACCCGGUGCUGCCAAUCUUGAGGGAGCGAGGCUGGGCGCGGAGCGAAUUGCCUGGGCGAUGGAGGAUGUGUUGGGUAGAAAAGGAUCAGAGGAUACGGGGUCUGAACGAUCCAAGCAAUGCUUUUGCGGUUUGGGGAAUCGGUAUGCUGAGCUUGCUAACGUGGACGAAUAAGCCGAGGCAAUGAUUGAACACGAGAAUAAGAUUCGAGGCUGUCUGUGGAGGCUGUAGUACUGCAUUUACCUCCUCACUGCGGAGUAUACUCCUGAGAAUGGGUCACGAUGAUGAUGAAUAUGUGCCUUUAGAGAGACAUUGAUGCUGUAUGUUAACUUACUAUACGGUAUGAAAUUAACACACAUAAUUAUUAGUGAAUGUAUAGCAA